AUUGAUACUUAGUGGCAGCAAAAGCGAGCCCACAAGCAUACGGUGUUAUUAUGGCAAUGGUAUAAGCAUUCACCUGUUACCCUGCUUCUCAAUAUCAUUACAUAACAGUUUCAUUAACUCUUCUUUUUAUUUCUUAUCGGCGAGUUACCAACUCACCUGUCUUAAUUUAUUUCCUUUUAUUAUUUUUUAUUUUUUUAUUUUCCCCGAGAAACAUGAGAUUCGGUUUACCAUGUUUCACUUCAAAAACCAGAAGGGUAUUCCAGAUUUGUCUUCUGCUCUCUGGUUCAGGUGGAGUUCUGAAGGUUUUAUAUUAAAAGUGCUUUUCCUUGGAUAAGAUUACAAGGCAGCGAGGAAGAAAUUUAGAGGGAGAAAAAGAUAACACAUUGUUAUCAUCAGUAGCUUUCUUUGAACAGAUAAAGACAUGUGGGAUUGCAGAGAAUUUGGUUUAUUUAUCUGUGCUUUAUUGAUCUUGCCCUUGGUAUGUUUUUCUGCCAACUUUGUUCCUCAAGACAAUUACCUAAUAAACUGUGGAGCACCUUCCAAUACUUCUAUAGAUAGCCGCAAUUUCACUGCUGAUAGUUUCUACAAUAAUUUCCUUUCCACUCAACACGAUAUUCUUGCCAACACCUCCUUAAAAUCAAUUACUUCCUCCGAUGAUUCACCCCUCUAUCAAACGGCAAGAAUUUUCACUGCACCCUCAAAGUAUACUUUCCCUAUUAACAAAAAGGGGAGGCAUUGGAUCCGUCUUUAUUUCUUUCCAUUUGCAUAUGAAAAAUACAAUUUGAGUGCUGCAAAUUUUGCGGUUACCACCCAAAACAGUAUUCUUCUCAGUAACUUCAGUGUGCAGAAAAAUCCUGUUAUGAAGGAGUACUCUCUAAAUGUGACCUCAGACACCCUUGUAAUGACAUUUAUCCCUUCUAGCAGUUCCACUGCUUUCGUGAAUGCCAUUGAAGUUGUUUCAGUCCCUGAUGACCUUAUUGCUGAUGAUGCUACCACCUUAAAUCCACCAGGAAGCUACUCUGGCUUGUUGACACAGGCACUGGAGACAGUUUUCAGGGUUAACAUGGGUGGUCCAACUGUCUCCUCCAGCAACGACACACUUCAACGAACUUGGAUUCCGGAUGAAAGAUUCCUUAUACAACCUAACUUAGCCAAUAAUUUUUCAAACGUCGCUGCUGUUAAAUAUGUAAAGGGUGGGCCAACAGAAAACAUUGCUCCACCUUCUGUCUAUGGCACUCUAACACAGAUGAAUUCGAUCAAUGAUCCUCGUAGUAAUUUCAAUGUGACUUGGCAGUUUGAUGUGGAACCUCAAUUUCAGUACCUUAUUCGGCUUCACUUCUGUGAUAUCAUCAGUAAAGGUCUCAAUGCACUCUACUUCAAUGUUUACAUUAACUCCUUGUGGGCUUCUAAGGAUCUUGAUCUCAGUAUGGUAAAUAAUAAUGUUUUGGCUACUCCAUAUUAUCUGGAUUUGAUUACAGCUCCCUCUGUUAGCAAUAAAAUUUUUGUAAGUAUUGGCCCUUCUGCUCUGAAUACAGAUUAUCCUAAUGCUAUUUUGAAUGGGUUGGAGAUCAUGAAAAUAAACAACUCUAUGAGCAGUCUUAGUGAGUCAAUUACUGUGCCUGUGACUAGUACUACUGGUUCAAGUUCUAAGAAAGUUGGCAUGAUAUUGGGUGUGAGUAUUGGAGCAUUUAGUGCAGUGGUCUUAGUUGGAAUUUUGUUUCUACUAUGCAAGAAAAGAAGACGUUUAGAAAGACAAGGGCAUUCGAAAACAUGGAUUCCCUUAUCAAUCAAUGAUGGAACUUCUCACACCAUGGGGAGUAAAUACUCUAAUGGCACAACAGCAAGUGCUGCUUCAAACUUUGGGUACCGCAUCCCUUUCAUUGCGGUUCAGGAGGCUACAAACAGUUUUGAUGAGAGUUGGGUUAUUGGCAUUGGUGGUUUUGGUAAAGUAUACAAGGGGAUGUUAAAUGAUGGCACUAAUGUUGCCGUUAAGAGGGGGAAUCCACGGUCCCAACAAGGUCUUGCAGAGUUCAGAACUGAAAUUGAUAUGUUGUCUCAGUUUCGCCAUCGCCAUCUUGUAUCAUUGAUUGGGUAUUGUGAUGAAAAGAAUGAAAUGAUCUUGAUAUAUGAAUAUAUGGAGAAGGGAACUCUCAAGAGUCAUUUGUAUGGUGCAGGUCUCCCAAACUUAAGUUGGAAAGAGAGACUUGAGAUAUGCAUUGGAGCAGCUAGAGGACUGCAUUACCUUCAUACUGGCUAUGCUAAACCGGUUAUACACCGAGAUGUGAAAUCUGCAAAUAUCCUGCUUGAUGAGAACCUCAUGGCAAAAGUUGCUGAUUUUGGGCUGUCAAAGACCGGGCCUGAAAUUGAUCAGACGCAUGUGAGCACAGCUGUCAAAGGGAGUUUUGGGUAUCUUGAUCCUGAGUAUUUCAGGAGACAACAGCUAACAGAAAAGUCAGACGUGUAUUCGUUUGGAGUAGUUCUGUUUGAGGUUCUUUGUGCAAGACCUGUAAUUGAUCCUUCACUUCCUAGAGAAAGGGUGAACUUGGCAGAAUGGACUAUGAAAUGGCAGAAAAGAGGGCAAUUGGAACAAAUAAUAGAUCCAACACUUGCAGGGAAAAUAAGACCGGAUUCUCUUAGGAAGUUUGGAGAAACUGCUGAAAAAUGCUUGGCUGACUUUGGUGUUGACAGACCUUCUAUGGGAGAUGUCUUGUGGAAUUUGGAGUAUGCUCUCCAACUUCAAGAGGCUGUUGUUCAAGGUGAUCCUGAAGAAAACAGUACCAAUAUGAUUGGUGACCUCUCUCCACAGGUUAACAACUUCAACCAUGAAGUAAGUGUUUCUGCUGUACAAUUAGAAGCUACUAGUCUGGAUGAUCUUUCUGGUGUAUCUAUGAGUAAGGUAUUCUCACAACUGGUGAAGUCUGAAGGGAGGUGAUUUGAACAUUAUAUCUUCUAAAUUCUGCUUUGCAUUACUCUUCUUUUAUUUAUUGUUUCAAUGGUUUGUCUUUAAACGGUAGUUUUCUGCUCCCUCACAGAGGAUUAAGGCACUUCAUAGACUUGUAAAGAAAGCAAAGUUAAUGAAACAUGCUUGCUUAGUUGUAGCCCAACAAUACGCUUACUUGUUUAAUAUCUGAUUUGAGAUUUGGGUUGGAUUUUCUU